GGCCUGUGAGAUUGCCUAGUGGAGAGCUUUUAUGACAACUUGAUCUCCUAAGGUGCCAGCUACUCUGUUCCCAGGACUGACCCACAUUGUCGCCCAGGCAAGAUCCUGAAAGUGGUAGCAUCUGCAUGGGUAUUAGUCACCUGGUCCUAGCCAAGUGUGCAGCAACCAAAGAGCAUUGCUGCCUCUGAUUACUUCUAAUGGUGCAGAACUAGAUGCCUUUGGUGACCUUGGAUGUAUCUAGGUCUUGCAGCCUGGUUUCUGGCUCCUUCCCUAGGACCUUGGCUGGAGCGUGCAGGAAACCCUCUCUUGUACCUAACCUAUUUGUGUGUGUCACUGCUGCGCUCCAGCCUUGGAAACAUGGGCAGCAGCAGUGCCCACCCCUCAUGCCUGGCAAACCUGAAGAUUGCUCCCCUCUCUGGGUGGUUGGCCCUCAUUCUGAAGCCUGUGAGCCAGGCUGCAGAAAGCACCCCAUGGAGGAUAAUGAGACCAUCAGGGAAGAGGUAGCCUGUGGAGAAAAGGGGUCAUUUUACAGAACUGAGCCCCCACCCCCACUUGUCUCUAUCUGAGCAACUGAGCCUUCACCCCACACCCACCCAACCGCAGGAAGCGGCACAAACAGGGCUGUUGUGUUAUUUUUCCUGGAGAGACAUUUAUUCACAUCAAGUGGGUACUGAUGGCACACUGAAGAAAUAAAUCCACCCAAAUCUACCUUGAGGCAGCAGUGGGUACACCGGGUAACUUACUGUUGUGACUCUAACAGUACCCCAGUUACUCACAGGAACGUAAGUGACCCUCAGCAAGUUACUUCAUUCAAUAACUCACCCCCAUAUGGACACCAACUUGAAACUUGGGUCCUUGAGCUUCCUAUAACUUGCAGACGGCUCCACCGAAGAGACUCCUCUCCUUCACAAAUACUAUUUUUAUAACCUCAGGGUAUGACAUGGUGAAUCUUUUUGAGUCUCCUGAUCCCUGUAAGUUCCCUGAGCUUCCGGACUCUAAUGAGUCAGCUUGUCUCUUUAGGACUUGAGGAAGUAGCUACACAAAAGAGAAAGAUUGCCUUCCAUUGGAAACACGGCAGCAGGCCUUGGGGCUGAGUCUCCCUCUAUUUGGAACCAGAAGAGGAGCGGCGGUAGUAGAUGUCUGGCUGUGUCCCCUUCAUGUAUUUCUGCCUGUUGCUGGCCAUCUUCCUGGUGGAGCUGGUGGCAGGGGUCCUGGCGCAUGUGUACUACCAGAGGCUAAGCGAUGAACUGAAGCGGCAUCUGCACAGCACCCUGACUGAGCACUAUGGGCAGCCCGGAGCCGCAGAGAUCACAGCCUCAGUGGACCGUCUGCAGCAGGAUUUCAAAUGUUGUGGCAGUAACAGCUCAGCCGACUGGCAGCACAGCGUAUACAUCUUGUCUCAGGAAGCCAUCGGUCGCCAAGUGCCCGACAGCUGCUGCAAGACAGUGGUAGCCCGCUGUGGUCAGCGGGCCCACCCCUCCAACAUCUACAAGGUAGAGGGAGGCUGCAUGGCCAAGCUGGAGCAGUUCUUGGCUGACCACCUGCUGCUCAUGGGAGCAGUGGGCAUUGGGGUAGCCUGUCUUCAGAUCUGCGGAAUGGUUCUCACCUGCUGCUUGCACCGAAGGCUCCAGCAGCACUUUUAUUAAAGGAUACCCCUGUAGCCUGCUGACUGGCCCACACCAAAGCCCACAUCUCCACAUCCUGAACCAGGCCUGCAAAGUCAAUGCUGGGGCCAUGGACUCCCUCCACCCUGUGCAGAGGCCACCAAAUGCCGGUGAUUGUGACUCCUGUGUAUCCUGGCUGGGCAGGGUCCUCCGCUCACUCCUCCACUUCUAAGCACUUAGCCACUGCCAGAAUCCUUGGCAAGGGAUGGUCCUGGCAAGAGACAGACACAGCCCUUUGCCAGGCACUGGGACACUGGACUACGGGGAGGCCAUAUUCAUCUCAGAGUCUGGAAUAGAAGAUGUCCCUCCAAGACUCCUGCAGGGCUUGGUGUGCGCUUCUCAUGGGCACGGGGCCCCAACUGGGUCUCCUCAGAGAAAAGCAGCACUUUGGGCACACUGGGUUAGCUCACCCCUUCCCAAAAUCUAGCUGGUUUUUCAGUGUCCCCCACAGAAUAGCCAGCCAUAUUCUUCCUGUAAGGCACGGGGCAGGAGCCAUCUAAGGUGGCAUCUUAAGGCUGUUGACGCCACCAGGACAGGGCACUAAGGAGGCAGGUUGGUUGCUACACUCAGGAGAGAGUCACAGGAUGGCCACAAGCCCCAGCCUCUGGUCCUGGUCCCAGGCUUGACUCCCAAAGUGUAAAACUCUUCCCCAGGGGGGCAUACCACAGUCUCAGCUCCUGAGGAGAGGAAACUGUGGGGAAGGAGGUACCCUGCCUGUACCCCAUUUCCUGGGGACCCCACUGUUUCUCUUCCAUGCGUUCUCCACUUCCUUCUCCGCUAUCCUGGAAUAGACGCCAUCAUCCCCUCCUUUGUUCCCCUCUCUAGUCAUGGAAUGACACACAGAGGAUAUUUCAGGGGAGGGGGGCUCAUGUGUUAAAAGACACAGAAAGAAAAUCCUAGAAAAAUUAAAGGUUGGUAAUAGGAAUCAACUCAUAGACAACCAUAGGGACCCCCUCCGAUUACUAUUACUGUAGGCAGCUUUGCACGCCAGGACUCCACUCCCAGCUUCUGCACCCCUAUCCUGGGUCCUGCUCAUCUCUCCAGAACAGCAGAUCUCAGUUCCCACAGAUCCUGCUGAGCUGGGUCAGUUGCUGGAGGGAGAUGAGCUCCCACUCAUACUUGGGUGGACCAAGGGCCACUGUUGCUGUCACCGGCAUAGGUGGGAUUCCACUCUCAGGGCAGAAAGUAGCUGUGUGGACAGAGGGAGCAUCAGGCUCUCGGGUCAGAAACCCUCCCCCACUCUGGCAUCUCGGGGGGCUACUUGGAGCCUGCACUGGCUUGUGUCAUCCACCUGAAGGAGCCUGGGUUGUCUGUACAGACAGUAAAAAGAAGACAUUCCCAACACUUCCAGACUACACUAUGGCUAAGAGAAAAACCUUAACUGCCCUCCUCUCCAUCUGCAGAUACUCAGAGGCUGGCUAUGGUUCCUGAGUUUAUAGAGGGAGGAUUGAGGAGAAAAAGCUGUGGGGCUCAGACCCUCUUCUUCCCAAAAAGGCCCCUGAGGGGGGCAAUAGUGAUCAAAGGGAUACUGUGGCCUCGGGUAUCUGCUUUGGUAGGCUUCUUCAGGGAGAGGGUCAGAGGUGACAAGCGGGCGCCAUUUGUACAGACUUGAGGCAGAGGUAGUUCAGGAGAGCAGGGACAUGGCCACAGUCAGAGCUGCAGGGUGAGCGGACAGCCCCAAAUGUGACUUCCUUGAUCAUACAUCAGCCUUGGUGACAAGAUGGGGUCAGAGGACAUGAGACACAUAGUAGGCCAGAUUCUGUCCAGCAGCUGCGGAGAGAAGGCUGCAGCCAAGUCUGUGGUGAGGUGGGCCCAUCAGAGGCCAGAACAGGUGCUGCGUGUGGGGGGACGUACAGAAGGUCAGAGCGAGGAGCCACUGUGAGCUCAGAAUCUGCCCCUCUGGGCAGCUUCCAAGGUUUUGAAGUCAGGGGGAUAAUGGAUCAGUUACAACCCUGUCAGCUUUGAAAACACCCCCUUGCCCAUUGGCUUUACUGGGCUAGGGGCAAAAAGGAAAAAGAAGCGAGGGUGGCUGUAGCUGUUUAGGAGGAGAGCAGCUGGCUGUGUGGCUGCCAGGUGGCUCUUAUGCCCUCCCUGGCCACUGCAAUGUGUCAGCACCUCCCGAGGACUCUUCAGGACAGAAUACUGCCUCCCCAGAGUGGCUCUAAGGAAGCCGGAGCCUCCAGGUGACCUUCCUGCUAAGUUCCCAGAUAGCGGUGAUGGGCAUCCACACCGCGCCACAGGAUGGACCACGUGAGGGCACCACCCCCUCCCUUCAUAUGUCAGAGCCCCCAAGUGCCCAAAGGCACGCAGGCCAUCUGGCCUGUGUCACACAUGGAGCAACUAGAGACUGUUUCCACUGGGUCCACAGAGAGGGUGGGAUGAAGCCAGCCACCGAGUGGUUUACAAAACCAGCCACGUACGUGCCUCUCAACAGUGUGCGCUCGACACACCCGCCCUACUGAUCUACGACUUGGUCAGUAGGUCAGAUGGAAGGGGAUUCCGUGUACUCCCAGAUCACGCCCUUUUCUCUAUGCCUUGGGGUGGCUCUGCUGCCCCCUGGUCACUCUAGCAUGUCCAGCUGGACAUCAAGCCUCCCUCAUCCUCCCCUCCUGCUCAUGUACCUGUGAAACCUGCUCGUAUCCCGUGCCAGUACUGACAGAAAUCCCAGUGGGCCCAUCGUUAGGAAGCCAGAUGGGCUCCUGGGUCCAGUUGGCCCAGGCAUGUGAAUUAUCAGACAUUCUACAAAGACAGACGUUGCCUUACCCUACCGCUUACAGUGAAACUCCUAUGUGGGUUGUGCCUCUCCACUGGUCAGUGUAUGCUUGGUGCCUUGUCUCUAUGAACUCAAUAAUAAAGGACUUUACCACGGA